AUGGUGGCUUCAAUAUUUUUACUUCUUGUGUGUUUUAUCGGAUAUUCAUAUGAAAUUAAUAAUGGUCUAGGCAGAACACCUCAAAUGGGAUGGAAUAGUUGGAACCAUUUCGGAUGUAAUAUCAAUGAAAAACUAAUUCAACAAACAGCAGAUGUAAUUGUAGCAACAGGUCUUGCUGCUGCUGGAUAUGAAUAUGUGAAUAUGGACGAUUGUUGGCAAGUAAGUCGAGAUUCUCAAGGUACUAUUCAAGCAGAUCCAAAAGCUUUUCCAAGUGGUAUUUCAGCUUUAGUUGAUUAUGUUCAUUCAAGAAAACUUAAAUUCGGUCUCUAUUCGGAUGCUGGAUUCAAAACAUGUGGUGGUCGACCUGGUUCACUACACUAUGAAACAAUAGAUGCCAAUACAUAUGCUUCAUGGGGUGUCGAUUAUUUGAAAUAUGAUAAUUGUAAUACUGAUGGAACAAUUCCUGAAGUGAGAUAUCCUGUUAUGCGAGAUGCAUUAAAUGCUAGUGGAAAACCUAUCUUCUAUUCCAUGUGUGAGUGGGGUGUGGAUAAACCAGCAUUGUGGGCAGCAAAUGUUGGGAAUAGUUGGAGAACAACAGGAGAUAUAGGAGACAGCUGGAAAUCAAUGCUCAAUAACAUUGAUAUUAAUAACGAGUUUGCAGAUAACGCAGGACCUGGUGGUUGGAAUGAUCCUGAUAUGCUUGAAGUUGGAAAUGGUGGAAUGACUGAUUCUGAAUAUAUCACACAUUUUUCCCUUUGGGCUAUUAGUAAAGCACCACUUCUCAUUGGAUGUGAUGUUAGUAAGAUGAGUGCAGCUACUCUAUCAACUCUUACAAAUCCUGAAGUAAUUGCUGUUAAUCAAGAUCCAUUAGGUAUUCAAGGAAAGAAAGUUGCCUUUGCAUCAUCACAAUUACCUAAUGCAUCAAGUGAUGUAAUAGUUACUAAUUGUGCAUCACUUUCAUCAACUAUCGAACCAAAACGUUUGGAAUGGACAUACAAUCCUCAAGAUGGAUCAAUUCGAUCAAUGUUUAAUGGACAAUGUUUAUCAAUAGAAAGUUGUAGUACAUCAGAAGCUGCAAAUAUUGUAUUAAAUGAAUGUCAUAUUAAUGAUCCACAAGCACAAUGUCAAGGAAAAAAUCAACAAUGGACAGUAAAUACAGAAGAUCAAAGUAUUAUAUCUCAAAUGAAUGGAAAAUGUUUGGAUGUAUAUAAUUUUGAUGGUCCAAAUGUAGAUGCAUU